UUAUUUAUUUCUGUAUUCUUUUCAGUAUACAUUUCUUUACACAUUUCUGCCUCAUUAUGCAAAUGAGGGAGCUGUCACUCAACGUGUGUCAUGGGGUCAGGGUGCAUGACUAUAUGUUAGCUAGCUACACGGUGUCUGCUUCUGCUUAUCAACUAUAGUGAUGAGCACACUGGCUGUGUAAUGCUGUGUAGGUUUCAUCCUGUCUGAACACCAAGUUCAAACCAAUACGGUGGAAACAAAGUGGUGGAAACAGGUAUCAGGUGAUACAGAAUGUGCCUUAUCAUCAUUAUUGUGCAUUGUCUGCACUGAACAUGGCCAGUGGGUCUCCAUUUUCUCUGGUGUCACCUUUCUGCACGACACAGGGAGAACAAAGACACUUGUUUUUCCACGGUGACACCGCUAGAGGGAGCACCGGAUCCACAGCCUCCUCCCUAAUACUCUCUGACAUGAGAGCACACACAUGGACAUACUGUAUGCUACUGGAUUAGGCAGCACACAGAAAGAUUACAGCAUCACAUGGUGGCCCCUCCAAAUGGUGCCUGCCAGUAACCUACUUCCCCCCCUCUGAGCUAUCCCGUCAUUCAUUCAGAGUGGGCGUAGGUUCACGCAGCAGCAGCAGCAGCUCAGCAGCAUCAUCACAAAGGUUCAGCUCCUCCCUGCUGCAUCCUGGAGAGACGGGAGACAAGGGAGGGAGGGAGAGGAUCAGGGUCAGAUGAACUCCUGUCUGAGUGACGAAGGCAGUGUGUGCAAAUGAAGAGGAGAGUGUGUGUGCAUGUGUGUGAGAGAGGACGAAUCAGGAAGAGCUAGAGACAGUUGGAAGGGAGGUAGGGGAGGGGUGGUUGAGAGUGUGUUAGUGUGAGGGAGACAGGGAGGAAAUCCAGGCAGCAGGAGGAAGGGGACAUAAAGGGAGGAAAGAAAAGGGGGGCAGGAGGAAAAAGACAAGACAAGGGGACCCAGAUUAAGAGGGAAGAUGGCUGAGCCGGAGCUGAAAUCACGGAGCAGCCGGGAGAGCGUUGCCAAGGCGGCGAGCCAGGAGAAGAUUGGGGAUCCAGACCAAGAUGGUCUGAUUGUAGAGCAGCCGGCGUCUCCAUCUAACCCCAUGAUCCCUGCUUCCACCGCCACAAGCCCUGCUACCGACUCGCCUGCCAAAGGGGAGAAGAUCGUGCUCAAACGCAGCAUCACCCUCUUCAACGGCGUGGGGAUGAUCAUCGGCACCAUCAUCGGCUCUGGCAUUUUCGUCACUCCGACAGGCGUGGUCAAGGAAACCGGCUCUGCUGGGCUCUCCCUGAUCGUCUGGUCUGCCUGCGGAGUGAUCUCCACCAUGGGCGCCCUUUGCUAUGCCGAGCUGGGCACAACCAUUACCAAGUCGGGGGGAGACUACACGUACAUCCUGGAGAUUUACGGCGAACUGGCGGCUUUUCUGAAGCUGUGGGUGGAGAUGCUCAUCAUCCGGCCGUCAUCGCAGUAUGUGGUGUCGCUGGUGUUUGCCACCUACCUCCUGAAACCUCUCUACCCAAACUGCACCGUGCCCGACAGUGCAGCCAAGCUCAUUGCCUGCUUGUGUCUUACCUCCCUGACGUUUGUAAACUGCAUCAGCGUGAGAGCGGCCACCAAGGUGCAGGACUUGUUCACGGCCUCCAAAUUGUUCGCCCUGAUCAUCAUCAUCCUCUUUGGCUUCAUCCAGAUUUCCACAGGUGAUGUGCCGUACCUGACACCAGAAAAGUCGUUUGAAGGCAGCAAAUGGGGAGUGGACAACAUAGUGUUGGCUCUGUACAGUGGACUCUUUGCUUUUGGAGGCUGGAAUUACCUGAAUUACGUGACCGAGGAGAUGAUCAAUCCAGAGAGGAACCUGCCCUUGUCCAUCAUCAUAUCCAUGCCGAUAGUGACGGUGGUGUACGUUCUGACCAAUCUGGCUUACUUCACCACCAUCUCUCCUGAAGAAAUGGUUGCGUCUGAGGCCGUUGCCGUGAGUUUUGGGGAGUACCAUCUUGGCGUGAUGGCCUGGCUGAUUCCUGUCUUUGUGGGACUGUCCUGCUUUGGAGCCGUCAACGGAUCCCUGUUCACCUCAGCGAGGUUGUUCUACGCUGGAGCUCGAGAGGGUCAACUCCCUGCUCCUCUGGGUUUGGUCCACACAGACCUCUUCACACCGGUGCCAUCCCUAAUCUUCACAUGUUUGCUGUCCAUGAUGUACGCCAUCUCUAAUGACAUCUUCUCCGUCAUCAAUCUCUUCAGCUUCUUCACCUGGCUGUGUGUUGGUAUGGCCAUCGCUGGCCUGAUCUGGCUGCGCUUUACCAAGCCCGACCUCAGAAGGCCCAUUAAGGUGUAUCUGUUCAUCCCCGUGACGUUCGUUCUGGGCUGCGUAUUCAUGAUCGUCGUGUCCUUCUGGGCCGCUCCGUUUGAGUGCCUGGUAGGCAGCGGCAUUAUUCUCACAGGCAUCCCGGCGUACCUACUGGGCUACAAGUGGAAGAAGCCCCAUGUGAUCCAGAAGAUGCUGGAAAUCUUCACCAUGUUCUGUCAGAAGAUCUUCAUGUCUGUUCCUGAGGAGAAGGAUCGAAGCGAGGCGGCUGAAUGAAGCGGGACAGACUGAACGACACGAAGGACUGAGUCAAUGUUUUCGUCUUGAUAUGUUUACAUUCAUUCACUUGUGAUUUGGCUAAAAAAACUAACCAGGCAGGUAACAGAUUGGUUGGGGCGGCUUGUGUACAAAGUAUGAAGGCACUACUGAGAGAGGAUUUGACAUUUUCCACUGCUUUUAUUCCACAUUUGACAAUUACAUCUCCUUCAAUGCUAGAACAUGCUCACAUGUUGCGUGUUCAGGUAAUGGAGAGUCAUGCUCUGAUCUUAAAAUGGGUCGUGUUUAGAAGGUAACCCACGAGUUGGGAAACUCUCGCGAGAUGGUCAAGGUUAGGCAUUGACCUUGAAUAAUUAGGUUGCGUCCAAAAUCGCAUACUACGCACUAUGUACCCAAUACGUGCACUAUUGUUCAACAUACUUUGUGUGAAUAAACAGUAGUAUGCAUCUUUUCAGACACACUGAGCAGUAAUUUACGUCGUCACUUCCUGAGAGCUUCCUCGCUGGUUGGAGACGUGUAACCAUGGUAACCUGUACCAACCUCAUGUGACCAAAACAACAAUUUGUGAGAAAGUCUGAGUUCAUUUCUAAUAAAUAUUACGCUUAGCAAAGUUAAACUUAUUCUUACAGUUAAAUUGAAGCGUUAUUGACGUUACAGAGCUGUCCGUCAACGUCUGCUAUGAACGUUGUCGUCACUACCGCAUUGCAUUGUGGAAUAUUUAUGCUGCCGUAGUGUCCAGCGUUAC